UCGCUGCGACACUCUCGGCAAUUCCCACUCCCUUUCCCCUCCCCUUCGAUUUCCACGCGUCCUUGUUCCGGUCCCUCCCCGGCAGCUGCACUAGGGCUUUAUUUCCGGCCCAAAAAAAGGUCCUUCACAUCGACGUUGGCAAACCCUCUCCACGUUCUUUGAAUGUCGAGCACAAGGAGAAGAGAAUCGACCGCAUAUGAUGGCGUGCUUGAUGAAAACCCUCCGGAAUCGAUUUGUCAGUUCAAAUCUGACACAAAUACUUGCACUUUGAUUGAGUUAAAGUAAUUAUCUCGGACAGGGCAUCAGAUGGGUUUCUUGGUGUAUUUUUGUGGAACUCUGUGCCAAUCAAUAAACCAACAAGCAGUCGAGAGAGAUUGAUGAUGAUGAGCCAAGCUGUGAAUUUGGCAAAAGGUGUUUCCUCCAUAAAUUAUCAUGGGUGCACACUCAGGUGAACUUGCUCAAUCAGCAGAAGGACCAUUGAUAUUGCUGAAGCUCGGAUAUCCUUCUGUUAGCCAGAGUCCAGUUUCACCACCUGGAAAUAUCUCAGCAAGGGGACAAGAUCAUCUGAGUCCUUUUUGGCAAGAGUUUGGAAGAGGUUCAGGUGAGUCAAUCCAUAAUAUGUUUACAAGAUAAAGAAUACAAUGUUCUUGUAAUUUUCUGAGUCUUUCUUCAUGCAUCAUUAAACAUGAAGUAGAAACAUUAGAUACUUAGUAAAGACUGUUAUUGCUGUUCAAUUUUACCUUCUGAAGUUAUCAUGGACUGGCUUAGCAUAAAUCACAAAACUUUAAUGUUUUGAAUUACUAUACACAGCUUUACUUUGCAAGCAAAAUGGUUGUUUCCAUUAUUUUUCCUACUCUAAUGAAACAAUCUAGAUCAUCCAUGAUACAUGCAAGUUGUCUCCUCCAUUGUUAAGUAUCUAUUUUUUUGUGCUGUGGCCACACACUACCAGCAUGCCUGAAUCAUCCAACAGCGGAUGCCACCCUUUGUACACAAUAAUGUAUCAGCUUCUCCUUUGGGAAACACCAGCAUUUGUGUAAGAGAAACCUAAUCCUCCUGAUAGCAACCGACUCUAGAGCUCAUUGGACAUCUGAACUAGAUAAGGAGAGCUCACUGGGGAAGAGGAUGACCCAUAUGCUUUGAAAACUGAAACAUAGUACAGUAACACAAACAGUGCCACACACGAGAAGAGGAACCAGUGAACCAGGAGGAGCAAAGGGCCAAAGGGAAAGCGAAGGAGAGUGUGAGGGAGGAGGCAAACAAGCGUGCUUGGUGUGACUAAGACAGCACUACGAGGGAAAGGAAGAGACUGGUAGGGGUGUGGGUACAGAAAAAGGCUGCGUACGAGAGUCAAUCAGAUCUGGGCUCUCAUGAUGUCUCCCACCUUUCCCUUGUCUUCCUUUCCUUGCAUAUUCUCUUUGCCGAAGGCACUGAAUGAAAUCAGAGCCAUGGCAGAUUCGCAGCCUUGAACGAAGGCCAUCCAUGUCCAGGGUUGAACAGGCCGGAGGUCUUCGUGCUUGAGGCUUGUAUAGGGUUGCAGAGUCCGCUUGUGAAUCUGAUGAGAUGAUCAGAACUUUUCUACUCACAAGCAUGAUGAUGAUGAUCAGAUCAUGAUCAUCUGUCAUUCCCUCUCCAUGAUGUGACAAGCCGUAACACAUUGAUAAGACAUGAGUGUGUGACGCUUCAAUAUUUUUAUUUUUCCUUCUAUUUUUUUUCUUAAUUGUUGGGUUCAAAUAUUUGUAAAUAGGACAGGACACGUGAGUUUGGUUGCAGCAUAUGCACAGUGAGUACAAGUGUCAUCCUUCUCAUCCCCCCUCCCCCACCUUUCAUGUGACACGCCAUCACAUUCAAAAUUGAGUCAAGCCCCAUUAUCGACAUUUCCCACCCAAUUCAACACCCUUUCCUGUCUAUAUGUAUUCUCGCUUCGUUUCCAACUUCUUCUCACCCAUCCCUUUCUUCACGCUCGAAUAGGAGAGAGAGUUAGAGAGAGAGGAGGAAAGAAAGAGAUGAGGGCUUAUGCUUUGCAUACUCUCCUCCUGCCGCUGCUACUACUAUUAUCAACCCGAGCUCAAGAGCUCCAGACUCUGUUAUCCAUCCGAUCAUCCACCGACGACCCACUCCACUCCCUCUCCACCUGGAACUCUUCCACCACCUCCUUCUGCACGUGGGAAGGCCUCACGUGCGACUCUUCCUCCCGCCACGUCUCCGCCGUCCGGCUCUCCGGCAAAAACCUCUCCGGCGCGCUCCCCGCUCCGCUCCUUUCCCUCCCCUUCGUCGCCGCCGUGGACCUCUCAUUCAACGGCUUCUCUGGCGUCUUCUCCUUCCCCCGCCUUGCCCCCUCCCUCCUCUACCUCAACCUCAGCAACAACAACCUCUCCGGCCCGGUCGGUUUGGUCUCCGACAGCGGUGGCGGAGGACUGUUUAGCUUGCAGGUGCUCGACCUCUCCAAUAAUUUCCUCACUGGGCCGAUACCCGACGAAAUCUUCCAUCUUUCACGCCUCAAGGUCCUGGAUCUUGGUGGGAAUUACUUCCGAGGACGAAUCCCCAUCUCCAUCUCCGAGCUUCGGAGCUUGCAAUUCUUGACCUUGGCCUCCAAUGAGCUCACCGGGCCGAUCCCGGCCCAGCUCGGCGAGAUCACAGCCCUCCGAUGGGUGUAUCUCGGGUACAACAACCUCUCCGGCGAGAUCCCACCGGAGAUCGGGAACCUGACGGCGCUCGAGCACCUCGACCUCGUGUACAACAAUCUCACCGGAGGGAUCCCCAGCUCGAUCGGGAACCUGGGGAAAUUACAGUACCUUUUCCUGUACCAGAACCUCUUGUCGGGCCCCAUCCCACCGUCCGUUUAUAAUCUGACGGCCAUGAUCGCGUUGGACUUGAGCCAGAACCAGCUGUCCGGCGAGGUCUCGGAGGACGUAGUGCGUCUCGAGAAUCUCGAGGUGCUGCACCUAUUCUCGAACCGGUUCGAGGGGGCCAUCCCCAGUUCGCUCGGGGCGAUCCGGCAGCUCCAAGUUCUGCAGCUGUGGUCGAACCGGUUCCAGGGACCGAUUCCGAGCUCGCUCGGCCUCGGAAACGACGACCUCGCCGUCCUCGACGUCUCCUCGAACAACCUCACCGGCCGGGUGCCGGAGCACCUCUGCUACUCGCUUCGUCUGGUGAAGCUCAUCCUUUUCUCCAAUGCACUCCACGGCGGCAUCCCCCCAGGUCUGAGCCGGUGCCGCACCCUGGAGAGGAUCCGGAUCGAGAACAACCAGCUCUCCGGCGAGAUACCGCUGGAAUUCGCCCGGCUCCCCGCGGUCUACUACCUCGACGUCUCAGGGAACGGGUUCUCCGGAGAGAUUAGCCGCCUGCGGUGGGAGAUGCCGGCGCUGCGGAUGCUGAGCCUCGCAGGAAACAAGUUCUCCGGGCCCCUGCCGGAGUCCUUCGGGGGUGACGAAAUCGAGCACCUCGAUCUGUCCAAGAACCAGUUCGCCGGCGGCAUCCCGGCGGGAUUCAGGCUGUUCACUGAACUAUCGGAUCUCAAUCUCAGCGGUAAUCGACUCUCUGGUGCGGUCCCGGAAUCGAUUGGCGAGUUGAAGAGGUUGGUGAGACUGGACCUCAGCAAGAACCACCUCUCCGGCGAGAUCCCGACUGGCAUCGCUGAUCUACCGGUCCUUAGCGCCCUGGACCUGUCAGAGAACUGGUUCUCUGGAGAGAUCCCGCCGAGUUUGGGCAAGACCGGCUCGCUGGUGUCGAUCAACGUCUCUCACAACAGGCUCAUCGGUGGUGUCCCGGCGACCGAAGCGUUUUUCUCCGUGGAGGCAGCUUCGCUGGUCGGGAACUCCGGCCUCUGCGGCGGUGGGCCCAAGACCGGUCUCCUGCCAUGCGAGGCCGCCUCCGCGAAGACACCGUGGUGGUUCCCGGUCACGGUUCUGGCUGCGGCUCUUGUCAUCAUCUUCCUUUCCGUUAUCUUGACCUUUCUAGCCAGAAAGUGGUGGCGAGGCGGAGAGUUCGAGAUAAAGAAGGCGGAGACUGACAGUAACGUCGUCUGGGAGGUGCGGGUUUUCGACGGAACUUUGUCAACGGUGGAAGCCAUCCUGAGGACCAUCAAGAACGCCAAGAGUGGAGCUGUCAGCAACAGCGAUGGUGAAGGGAGGUGGUUCACGGUCAGGGAGGUGAAGGAGGUGCCGGGGUUAGGAUGGGCAGAGGUGACGAAGUUGGGCAGGUCGAGGCACCGCAACGUGGCCGGAUUUGUUGCGGCAUGCAGGUCGGAGAGUAGGUGGGUGUUUGUGUAUGAGCCGACCGCCGGCGCGAGAUGUUUGGGCGUCGCGAUGAGGGAUUUGAGCUGGAAGCAGCGUCAUCGAGUCGCCCUCGGCGUCGCAAAGGGCCUCCGCCACCUUCACCGCUGCGGUUUACUCGGCGCAGUGCUGACGGCGGACACCGUGGUUUUGUACGGCGACGGCGAGCCUCGCCUUGUGCUCGACGUCGCCAACGUCCGUCCAGGGGAGGCGAGGACCGAUGUCUACUACUUCGGCGUGCUGCUGGCGGAGCUACUGACCGGGCGGCGCCCCCACGACGGCGAGGAAGGAGGAGGCUCCGGAGGCGUAGUGGAUUGGGCCCGCUACUGCUACCGCGAGCGCCACGUGGAGGAGUGGAUCGACCCUGCGAUGAGCGGACAGGUCAGCCAGCACAGAGAUGAGAUGAUCGGAGCCAUGGGUUUGGCUGUCCGGUGCACUUCGGCUGAGAGGCCAUCCAUGAAGGAGGCGGUGAAACUUUUGGUUGGAUUAGAAGGGAAGACGUCGUCAUGGCUUUCCAAGGUUACGAGAGCCACAUGGAUUUACUAGCUGCUGCUUGACGCAUGCAUGUAAAUAGUACAAGUGAUGAAGACAGUAAAGUCAGAGAGUUGCUUGGGGAUGUUUGCAUGAGUAGCUGCUAAAUAAUAAUAUGGGAAAGGUGAAGAGAGUUCACUCUCUAGGGUUCUUUGUGUGAUGGGAUAGAUCAAUCAAAGCUAUGUAAAGAUGUUCUUCCUUAUUGAAAGCCAAGAUCUUAGUUGUCAUUUGACCUGUUCCAA